GUAUGAGACAGACAAGUAAAAAGAGUGUAAUAAGGCCUUAAGGAGGAAGAGAACGAGAGAGACUUGGGCAAAUAAUAAAAAUGUGGUGGCAACAAAGAACAAACUGUUUCGUAUCUAUCCUAAGCCUCUGAACUCAACGAACGAUCAAUCGAUCACAUCUUUCGGGAAAAAUAAAAGAGGAGAGAGAAAAAGCAGUUUUAGUUUCAGCUGAAUUCAAUUAUACUCAGAAAACCCCAAAAUUAGUUGUUGCUGAUAAAUCUGAUUGAAGUUAGUGUAUUGAUCAAAUUAUCUUAGAAUUGAAAAAGCAUGGUGAAGGAGACUGAAUUUUAUGAUGUUCUUGAGGUUAGCCCUACUGCUACUGAAGCCCAGAUUAAGAAAGCCUAUUACAAUAAGGCGCGGCAAGUUCAUCCAGAUAGAAAUCCUAACGACCCCCUUGCAGCUCAGAAGUUUCAGGUUUUGGGAGAGGCUUACCAGGUAUUGAGUGACCCAACACAACGCCAAGCUUAUGAUGCAUACGGAAAGUCUGGAAUUUCUGCUGAAGGAAUUAUAGAUCCCGCAGCAAUCUUUGCCAUGCUUUUUGGAAGUGAGCUUUUUGAAGAAUACAUAGGCCAGCCUGCCAUGGCAUCGAUGGCUUCAAUGGACUUCUUCACCGAUGGAGAAGAGUUGGAUACUAGAAAGCUCCAAGAAAGGAUGAAGGUAAUUCAAAAGGAAAGGGAAGAGAAACUUGCAGAAAAAUUAAAAGAUCGACUCAACCAAUAUGUGCAUGGAAGUAAAGAGAAUUUUAAGAGUAAUGCUGAAGCUGAAGUCUCUAGACUUUCUAGUGCAGCAUAUGGUGUUGAUAUGUUAAACACAAUUGGUUAUAUAUACUCAAGACAGGCAGCUAAAGAGCUUGGAAAAAAGGCAAUAUACCUUGGUGUACCUUUUGUCGCUGAAUGGUUCAGGAACAAAGGUCAUGUUAUUAAAUCUCAAGUAACAGCGGCAACAGGUGCUGUCGCUUUAUUUCAGCUACAAGAAGACAUGAAACGACAUCUCAAUGCAGAGGGUAACUACACUGAGGAAGAGCUUGAAAGCUAUAUGGAAUCUCACAAGAAAGUGAUGAUAGAUUCUUUGUGGAAGCUCAAUGUUGUUGACAUUGAAGGGACUCUUUCUCGUGUUUGUCAGAUGGUACUUCAAGACAACAAUGCCAAAAAAGAGGAGCUACGUGCACGAGCAAAAGGGCUAAAAACACUAGGAAAAAUAUUUCAGGUGAAAUCUGAAACCAAUGAGGCUGAUACUGCAAUUGGGGCUGAACUUUAUAAAUUAAAUGGAAGCGAGUCAAGCUAUGAUCCAUUAGCUUCAAAGACAUCCCCCAAGAGCCGGGGAAUGGAAGACCAAUCUUAUAAUGGAAUUGCAACACAGUCGCAAGCAGCUUGCUUACGAGAAGAUGAUGGCAAUAUGAUGAUGAAGCAGCAGAAGAAAUCAAAGAAGAGAGGGAGAGCAGCGAACAGCAAAAGAAUAAGGAGAAGAAAGAAAUAAAAAGAGAUGAAAAAGAAGUUGAACAUGAAAAGAAACAAAAAGAAAAGAGUGACUGUGUGAGGUAGGGUGUUGUAUGACAGCUUUACUUUAGGCUAAAAACAUCUAAAAUUAUGAUUAAUUAGCUAAAUCUUAUGCUUGGACACAAACUCAUCACUUGUAUAGUAAUACAUGUCAGAUUAAUAUUGCUACAGGUUGGUUUUGUGGCAUUAAUAUUAGUGGACUCUUUGGCUAGAAAGACUAAAUUUCUGAGAAUACCAUUGUUGGAACUAUUUGGAUAGGUGCUUAUGUGAGCUCAGCUUGAAAUCUAAUAAGCCGGGCAAAACAGAGCAUAGUUCAGCUCGAGAAUGUUGCUCGAAUGUGCAACUUAAAUAAACUGAACUAAAUGACUUGCGAGUAACAUAUAGCUUAUCAUAAUACCAAUGAGAAUCCCACAGUAUCCUCUGAAACAUGGAAAUUGAUAUUAAAAUUUUCAAGCAUGAGUUGAGUUAAGGGCCAAGCCUAGUUAUCCUAAGCUUGGGCCUGUCCCGUUUUAUCUUAUCGAUUCAGGUGAUUGAUUUGAUUCAUACUUCUUAAAGUUCCUUGACCUACCCCAUAUUACUUAAUUUUUUUUUGUCCUGUGAAAUGUUCUCAAAGAAACCUAUUCCUGAUCAGUG